UCGAUGUUCAGCGUAGCACCGUCCUGGCGGCGCUGCCUUCACUGACCGUCUCUGAGUUUGAAGCUGCUGCGGACGAGGAACGCGAGCAUGGCGCCUGGAACGAAGAGCAGGGUGUUUGUCGUGGGUGUCGGCAUGACCAAGUUUGACAAACCUGGAGCCAGAGACAACGCUGACUACCCUGAUCUGGCCAAGGAAGCAGGUGAAAAAGCCUUAGCAGAUGCAGGAAUCCCGUAUUCUGCCAUUGAACAAGCCUGCGUAGGAUACGUCUAUGGUGACUCCACCUGUGGCCAGAGGGCCAUUUACCACGGCCUGGGCCUCACCGGGAUUCCCAUCAUCAACGUCAACAACAACUGCUCCACAGGCUCCACUGCUCUCUUCAUGGCGCGUCAGCUGGUCCUGGGAGGUCUGGCAGACUGUGUCCUUGCCCUUGGGUUUGAGAAGAUGGAGAGGGGCUCUUUGUCCUCAAAGUUUAUGGACAGAACUAAUCCCAUGGACAAGCACAUGGAGGUGAUGAUCAACCGCUACGGGUUGGUGGCGGCUCCGGCAGCACCGCAGAUGUUUGGCAACGCUGGCAGAGAGCACAUGGAGAAAUAUGGCACAAAGCCAGAACACUUUGCUAAAAUCGCCUGGAAAAACCACAAGCAUUCAACCAACAACCCGUACUCCCAGUUCCAGGAUGAGUACACUUUGGAGCAGGUGAUGAACUCCAGGAAGGUGUUUGACUUCCUCACUUUGCUGCAGUGUUGCCCCACGUCAGACGGUGCCGGAGCAGCAGUUUUAGCCAGCGAGGCGUUUGUCAGGAAACACGGUCUGGAGGACCAGGCGGUGGAGAUCGUGGCCCAGGAGAUGAAGACUGAUCUCGCUUCAACGUUUGAAGAAAACAGCUGCAUAAAAAUGGUGGGAUAUGACAUGUCUCGGCUGGCGGCCCAGAAGUGUUAUGAGGCAGCAGGUCUGAAGCCCAGUGAUGUGGAUGUGGUCGAGCUGCACGACUGCUUCUCCGCCAAUGAGCUCAUCACAUACGAGGCCCUGGGCCUGUGUCCGGAAGGCAAAGCUGCAGAGCUGAUUGACAGAGGAGACAACACCUAUGGAGGCAAGUUUGUGAUCAACCCCAGCGGCGGGCUCAUCUCUAAAGGACAUCCUCUGGGAGCCACAGGUCUGGCCCAGUGCGCCGAGCUGUGCUGGCAGCUCCGCGGACAGGCUGGCAGGAGGCAGGUUCCCGGGGCGAGGGUGGCGCUGCAGCACAACAUCGGCCUGGGAGGCGCGGUGGUCGUCGCGCUCUACAGGAUGGGGUUCCCGCAGCACGGCGGGUCUCGCGUCGGCGCCGUUCCAGCCAGCGCAGGCGACGGUCUGGAGGGGUUUAAAUCUUACCCCGUCUUCAAAGAGAUCCAGCAGCGACUACAGAAGGAAGGAGAACAGCUUGUGAAGAAGAUUGGUGGAGUCUUUGCUUUUACAGUGAAGGAUGGACCAGAUGGGAAGGAGGCAACCUGGAUCGUGGACGUGAAAAACGGCAAAGGCUCCGUCUCCACUGACCCCGGUAAAAAGGCAGACUGCACCAUAUCCAUGAGUGAUGCGGAUGUUCUGGAUCUGAUGACCGGAAAACUGAACGCACAAACCGCGUUCUUCAAAGGGAUCCUUAAGAUAACUGGGAACUUGGGCAUGGCCAUGAAGCUGCAGAGCCUCCAGAUCGCACCAGGCAAGGCCAAGCUGUGAGAGCGUGAGCCACCAGGAGCUCCGUGUCUGCUGCUGCUGCGAUAACGCAUCAUGUUGCACUGUGCGUGUGACCAUGAAUUCAGAUCUAUAUUUACUUAUCAUCUAAUCUCAAAGCAGUGAAUAUAAUAUAAGUGAAUAUAAGAUUAAAUUUGUAGUUUUCUGCUCUAAAAUGUUUUGAUAGAUAGUUUUGUACUAAUGAUGCAUCAGGCCUUGCCAAUAAUAUGAUUGUGUUGCACUGUGAAAUAAAAUUCAUAUGAAUGAAUGUGAUUGCAUUCAGUAAUAAAAAAAACUACUUUGA